AUGAAGGCAUUUCUCUACGGCCAGGAAGAUCCCGAUAAAUAUGUGUGGCAUGAUAGCUACGACGUCCCCGAGCCUGAGAACAAGAAACAGGUCCAAGUGAAGGUCAUUGCUGCUGCGGUGAAUCCCAUAGACUACAAGUUGCCUCAUCUCCCUCGUGGGGACAAAGUGAAGGGGCAGCCCAUUGGUUACGAUUUUGCUGGUCGUGUCACCCGCAUCACCGAUGGCUGUGAAUAUCGCGAGGGCGAUGUGGUCUACGGCAAGGCCCUUAAGGGUUGCCUUGCUGAAUACACUUUGGCUGAGGUCGACCGCAUUGCCAAAGUCCCUCCCCAGGUUGAUCCCAAGAUCGCCGCUUCCCUGCCUGUUGCUAGUCUUGUUGCAAUGCAAGGACUGAGACUUGGUGGUUGUGGUGAGAAGGAGGGUAGCGGUAAGAGUGUACUUGUGAUUGGUGCAAGCGGCGGAGUCGGCCAAAGUGUUGUUCAAAUUGCUAAGGCGAAUGGCUGUAAGGUUUAUGCUGUUUGUGGUACUUCUAAUAUCAAUUUUGUGAAGUCCUUGGGAGCUGAUGUGGUGACAGACCAUUCCAAACAGGGGUUCGCUCUACCCAAUGAGGACUGCCCUGCGGGGACUGUUGAUAUGGUGUUCGAUGCGGUGACCAGUGGUGACGAUUUCAACUAUGAACCAACGGCUAGGAAGACCUUGAAAACUGAUGGAAAAUAUAUUUGUGUGAAUUCGCCGAGUACCAUGGACUGGGCUAGGUAUCUUAUAUCAUAUUAUACACACGUGAAUGUCCAGAGGAAGAAUUAUUCUCUACUAUGGACUGACACUAAUCCUAAGGAUUUGGAAAAGCUAUGUCAUCUUGUUAUGGACGGUAAGCUGAAGAUCCACAUUGCUGAGGAGUUGCCUUUCACUGAGGAGAACUGCAGGAAGGCAUAUGAGCUCCUCAAGAGUAGGAAAGUUAGAGGAAAGAUUGUCAUCGAUAUGGGUGGCAAGUAGAAUAUCAAGACUCUACCUCGUAAAUAGGAGGCUGCUGUUCAGAAGUGAAUUGUUGAAGAUGUUAAACCCUUCUCAUCUAUUUGUUCCGAUUCGGUA